AUGGUUCAACUAAACCCAGACCGGAACUUCCACUUUGAACUCCUUCGAGUCUUAGCCAGCGCCAGGGGCUCUGGGGCUGACAUUGCCGAGAUCCUGAACAUUAGCGACCAGAUUGAACCAGGCAACUUCGAAAGUUGGUAUGAGAACUUCAACGACCUUGCGACCUGGAUCCUGUCCACUCUGGAUCCGAAGCAUGACUACGACAAAGCCACUCUACGAGAUGCAUAUCUCAGGAAUCACCACUGUGUGGGAGCAAUGGACUCUCUAUUUGAUAAGGCGACAGCGAUGAUGGACCCGUCACCAGAACGACGGUCACUCAAAGCUGAUGGUUUUGAAGUUCCCGUUAUCUUCUUUCGAGCUUCUCCUACCAGUGAACCACGUCCAGUCCUCAUCAUUGGAAAUGGCUUGGAUGGAUCCAUGGAAGAAAUGUUUCACUUUCACGGACUCCAAGCGCUGGAGAUAGGCUAUCAUGUGGUACUGUACGAAGGACCCGGCCAAUGUACCGUCCGACGUCAGCAAAACCUUGGUUUCAUUCAUGAUUGGGAGAGAGUGGUAACUCCCGUGAUUGACUACCUGUGUUCGCUGGCCAUUGUGGAUCAGAAACGAAUCGGCCUACUGGGCAAUUCUCUUGGAGGUUAUCUUGCCGCACGAGCGGCUGCCUUCGAACGCCGCAUUGCUGCGACGAUCCUAAUCGAUGAUCUGUUCGAUGUUUACGCACAAUUAUCGGACUUGCUUCCCACUGAGGGCGGUGGAGCAUGUGGAAGCCGGGAACGAGAAACUGUUCAACGAAUCUCUGGCGAAGCCAAUGAGCAAAUCCACCAAUAUGAGAUGGUUGAUUGA